CCGCCGCCGCCGCUGCUCCCCCUUCUGCUGCUCCUGCUGCUCCCCGGUGGCCGCCGCGCUCUGGAGGAGACCCUGAUGGACACAAAGUGGGUGACCUCUGAGUUGGCAUGGACAACUCAUCCGGAGACAGGGUGGGAAGAAGUCAGUGGUUAUGACGAGGCCAUGAACCCUAUCCGCACGUACCAGGUGUGCAACGUACGGGAGGCCAACCAGAACAACUGGCUUCGUACCAAAUUCAUCCAGCGCCAGGACGUCCAGCGCGUCUACGUGGAGCUGAAGUUCACUGUGCGGGACUGCAACAGCAUCCCCAACAUCCCUGGCUCCUGCAAAGAGACCUUCAACCUCUUCUAUUACGAGUCAGAUACGGAUUCUGCCUCUGCAAACAGCCCUUUCUGGAUGGAGAACCCCUAUAUCAAAGUGGAUACAAUUGCCCCAGACGAGAGCUUCUCCAAGCUGGAGUCUGGCCGCGUGAACACCAAGGUGCGCAGCUUUGGCCCUCUCUCCAAGAAUGGUUUUUACCUUGCCUUCCAAGACCUGGGAGCCUGCAUGUCCCUCAUCUCCGUCCGGGCUUUCUACAAGAAAUGCUCCAACACCAUUGCUGGCUUUGCUAUCUUCCCGGAGACUCUAACGGGGGCCGAGCCCACUUCCCUGGUCAUCGCCCCGGGCACCUGCAUCCCCAAUGCAGUGGAGGUGUCCGUGCCCCUCAAGCUGUACUGCAACGGUGACGGCGAGUGGAUGGUACCCGUGGGAGCGUGUACGUGUGCUGCUGGAUAUGAGCCCACCAUGAAGGAUACCCAGUGCCAAGCGUGCGGCCCAGGAACCUUCAAAUCUAAGCAGGGGGAAGGUCCCUGCUCUCCCUGCCCUCCCAACAGCCGGACCACCUCUGGAGCAGCAAUGGUCUGCACUUGUCGAAACGGCUUUUUCCGGGCAGACACGGACCCAGCAGACAGCGCCUGCACCAGUGUCCCCUCAGCCCCCCGCAAUGUCAUCUCCAACGUGAACGAGACGUCGCUGGUGCUGGAGUGGAGCGAGCCGCAGGACACGGGCGGGAGGGAUGACCUGCUCUACAACGUCAUCUGCAAGAAAUGCAGCGUGGAGCGGCGCCUGUGCACCCGCUGCGACGACAACGUGGAGUUCGUGCCGCGCCAGCUCGGCCUCACCGAGCGACGCAUCUACAUCAGCAACCUGAUGGCCCACACCCAGUACACCUUCGAGAUCCAGGCCGUGAACGGCAUCUCCAACAAGAGUCCCUACCCUCCCCAUUUUGCCUCUGUCAACAUCACCACCAACCAGGCAGCCCCAUCUGCCGUACCGACAAUGCACCUGCACAGCAGCACUGGGAACAGCAUGACGCUGUCAUGGACUCCCCCAGAGAGACCCAACGGCAUCAUUCUGGACUAUGAGAUCAAGUACUCGGAGAAGCAAGGCCAGAGUGAUGGCAUCGCCAACACAGUCACCAGCCAGAAGAACUCGGUGCGGCUGGACGGGCUGAAGGCCAACGCUCGGUACAUGGUGCAGGUGCGGGCGCGCACCGUGGCGGGGUACGGCCGCUACAGCCUCCCCACCGAGUUCCAGACCACUGCCGAGGGCGGUUCCACCAGCAAGACUUUCCAGGAGCUGCCUCUGAUCGUGGGUUCGGCCACUGCUGGGCUGGUGUUCGUCAUCGUGGUGGUGGUGAUUGCCAUCGUCUGCUUCAGGAAGCAGCGCAACAACACCGACCCUGAGUACACAGAGAAGCUGCAGCAAUAUGUUACCCCUGGUAUGAAGGUGUACAUUGACCCUUUCACUUAUGAGGACCCAAACGAAGCUGUCCGGGAAUUCGCCAAAGAGAUUGACAUCUCCUGUGUGAAAAUUGAGGAGGUCAUUGGAGCAGGGGAGUUUGGUGAGGUGUGCCGUGGGCGCCUGAAGCUGCCUGGCCGCCGCGAGAUCUUUGUGGCCAUCAAGACCCUGAAGGUGGGCUACACGGAGCGGCAGCGGCGGGACUUCCUGAGCGAGGCCAGCAUCAUGGGCCAGUUCGACCACCCCAACAUCAUCCACCUGGAGGGCGUGGUGACCAAGAGCCGCCCCGUCAUGAUCAUCACGGAAUUCAUGGAGAACUGUGCGCUUGACUCCUUCCUCCGGCUGAAUGAUGGGCAGUUCACAGUCAUCCAGCUGGUGGGAAUGAUGCGAGGCAUCGCCGCUGGCAUGAAGUACCUUUCAGAGAUGAACUAUGUGCAUCGGGAUCUGGCUGCCCGCAACAUCCUGGUCAACAGCAACUUGGUCUGCAAAGUGUCUGACUUCGGGCUCUCCCGCUUCCUGGAGGAUGACCCAGCUGACCCCACCUACACCAGCUCCCUGGGAGGCAAGAUCCCGAUCAGAUGGACAGCUCCUGAGGCCAUCGCCUACCGCAAAUUCACUUCAGCCAGCGACGUGUGGAGCUACGGCAUUGUCAUGUGGGAAGUGAUGUCCUACGGGGAGCGACCUUACUGGGACAUGUCCAACCAGGAUGUGAUCAAUGCUGUGGAGCAGGACUACCGCCUGCCACCCCCCAUGGACUGCCCCACUGCACUGCACCAGCUGAUGCUGGACUGCUGGGUGCGGGACCGCAACCUGAGGCCCAAAUUUGCACAGAUUGUCAACACGCUGGACAAGCUCAUCCGCAAUGCUGCCAGCCUGAAGGUCAUCGCCAGUGUCCAGUCUGGCAUCUCGCAGCCGCUCUUGGACCGCACUGUCCCAGAUUACACCACCUUCACCACCGUGGGAGACUGGCUGGAUGCCAUCAAAAUGGGACGGUACAAGGAGAACUUCGUCAAUGCUGGGUUUGCCUCCUUCGACCUGGUGGCACAGAUGACUGCAGAGGACCUGCUGAGGAUAGGGGUGACGCUAGCAGGGCACCAGAAGAAGAUCCUGAGCAGCAUUCAGGAUAUGAGGCUGCAGAUGAACCAGACGCUCCCAGUGCAGGUUUGACCACAGGGGACUCUGCAUUGGAACGGACCAAGGGAACCUGCCAUAAAGGUUCAGUUUGCGGUGCAGCCCAGCUUCCUGUUUUCCCCUCCACACGGCGCUCCUCUGCCUCGGACGGUCGCCUGGGACGGGAUGGGACGGGACGCCCUUCCCUGGAUCGAAGGCACUCAUGCUGAGGGAGCCCAGCUUUUCGUCCCUUGUCCUGGAAUGGCGAGGCAGCGACACAUCUUCAUAUUGAAGAUGGAUUAUGGGACAGAGAUGGCACAUCCCACUUCCCACCCUGUCUUGGUGCUCAUCGGUUUGAAGAGUUGUUCUGCUUCUUGGAUUUCUUUUCACCCUGUUUUCCCCCAAAUCCUCACUUCCCUCACCUCCCCGAGGCCACAGACUGUUGACCCGUCCGCCGAGUCCGUCAGACAUGUCCGAAGCUUUCCCUAACUCGGUUCCCCACGUGGAAGCAACCGGGGGAGGCCGAGCCAGCAACAGGGCUGGGGCCACCAGCCCCAGACAAUCACUCCUCUUCUCCAGCCCUGGCAAGCCCUCCGCCCAAGGGUCUGCACUGGAACGUGUCCGAAGGGAAGGCUUUGCUCCCUUUCUUGGCUUUGCACGCCAGAACCCGAACCCGAUUUACUAUGCAGGG